AAAUAUUUGGUUUCACUAUCAUAGCCAUAUGUGUAAAAAAAUCUAGUAAAAAGUAAAUCUUUAUUCUAAAACUGGUUAUAAUUGGUAAAAAUAAUGGACGGAACAGUGGGGUGAGCCAACCCUGAAGAAGAAGAGCGAGAAGAAAGGUUCUUUAUCGAGAUCAGUCUGAUUUCGCCGGCGGUGGGUUCGCCGCAACACAUCCACUCGUUUCACCCUAAACCCUAAAAAUGCUCAAUCAGUUCCUCAAUCGUUGCUCCACUCCUUCCCUCCUCUUCUCCAGAACCUUCUCUUCUACGCUUUUCGUCAAAGGGGUAUCUUUCUCUAGCACAGAAGAAACAUUAGCUCAAGCAUUUUCUCAAUAUGGUCAAGUUCUCAGAGUGGAUAUUAUGAUGGACAAAUUCAAACGCAGGCCAAAAGGGAUUGCUUAUGUCACAUUCUCUUCUACUGAAGAAGCCGAGAAAGCUUUAUUAGAACUCAAUGGCCGGUUGGUAGACGGACGGGUUGUGAUCCUCGAUACAGCUAAAGUUGCAAAACAGAAUCAACCAGACAGCAAGCCGAAGCAAACAGGUGGUGACAGUUGAUACUUCUCUUUUCUCUUCUGCAACUUGUUAGAUUACAUUUUUUCAGACAAAACAACACUUCAAACCAGUUGAGGUUAUUCGGAAAUAGGGUGUUUGUUAGUUUUUUUUUUUUUUGGUAAAAGUGUUUGUUAGUUUUAUUGUACUCACAGAAGUUAUUAUGACAAGAAAAAAAGUUGGGAGCUUGUGGAUGCAUUAUCCCAAAUUCGAGGAUUUUUGUUCGAACUUAGGCAUCACGGACCGUUAUAUUGAAUUGCUAAGUGUCUUCUCGAGUCUCGACUUUGUUUGACUCAGUGGAAGGAGUUUGGGGAAGCCAAGGUUAGUCUAGAACGUUUGGCGAGAAGAUCUGUAACUUUUUACUGUUUUGUGUGGCAGAGAGAGACUCUUUACUUAGCAGGAGUCUUCGACUGCAAGUCACGUAACCUUAAGAGUCUUGAGUCUUGUAGCCGAUUAUGCUUCUUCUUCUUUGCCUCCACAUAAUGACCCAUCCUUCUCUUUACAA